UGAGGUGCCGGUAGCGCGCCGGUGCGGUGUCGGUGCCGGGGCCAGUGCGCGAGCCGGAAGCGUCGACCCGCGAGAGCAGCGCGGGAGAAAGCAGGAGUGGGGCCCGACCCCGAGCGCAUAAUGUUCCAGGGGUGAUGGAGACAGUGGGCAAGCAAGUCCCAGUAGUGACCGGUCUGGGGGUGGGGGGUCCAGUGGGGGGAGAUCUGCAUCAUCAUCACCACCCCCACCCCCACGGGGGCCACGGUCAUUCUCUGGUAACAACGGCGACCCCCGCCAGAGGUCAAACCCAGCCCCCUCCGGCCAGGUCCGCCCCUCUUCAGUUGCACAGGCCAACUCAGAGCUACAUCAACAUCAAGAGUAGCAGUCCCGCGUCGCCUCGGACAGUGGGUGGCACCUUUAUCUCGGGGGGCUCCGGGAGUUCCGGGGCCCCUUCCAGCGGCGGGGCAGUAGGUCCAGGAGGGCCGGCAGGAGGAUCGGGGGCAGUGGGGGCUGCGGGAGCAGUGGGGCCGCCAGGAGGCGGCUCCGGCGCCGGCGCCACGGGGGGAAGCGCAGCCACUGGGGGUGGUUACGUCGCCGUCCCUGUACCUGGGGGUCUGCGAUACGUCCAUCCAUACCCGCCACCCCCGCCGUCGGCACCUUCGGCUCCCGUUAACCAGACGCCACCCUCGACGGGGGCCGCCGCAGCCUACGUCAGGGACGCCUAUCGAAACGUUACCAGCAAUGUGAACGAAAGGGUCGCCAUCAGCGUGAGCAGCAGUCCGGCGUCGCAGGUGGGCGUGGGGGUGGUCGUCGGGGUAGGAGUCGGUGCCGGGGCUGGGGAAUAUGCGGUAAGCAGCGGCAGGGGUGACCGACCGAGGAUAUCGCUUCUGCCGCCCUCCUCGGUAGCGAGCGUGCCCUCGAGCACCGAGUACCACGUGUCCGUCACCAGGAACCCCCGCAACCUUAUGCCCAUGCAGACCGAUCAGUACUGCAACCGAACCGUCGACGUGGCCACCCUCCAAGAGGUGCCCCCCUUUAAGAAGAUUCGCCUGAGCCAACCCCAGUCGCAGUCGCAGUGCCAAACUCUGGCAGCCACCGAUGGCUGCGUCAAGCAGGAGCACGUGCAGCUGCAGCAGCCUCUCAGAAUAGACACCAGGCCAUCGGCAGGGGCGUACACGCCGCAAACCGAAGCGAUUUCGCCCACACUUCCGGAACCUACGACGCAGGAAGACGCGCAGUUUCGCAGCACGAAGGAUGAUCUCCUCCAGCAGAUCGCGAAGGUCGACCGUGAAAUCGCCAAAAGGGAGACACAGAUCAUCAAACUUAGAAAGAAGCUCAAGGAGCUGGAGGAGGCAGCCAGCAAGCCCCUGGAAGCUGCCGGUCUUAAGCGCCAAGUGGAAGAACAGUCUCAUCAGCCGAAACAUCAGUCACUCGCACAGAAGAUCUAUGCAGAGAACAGGAAAAAGGCAGAAGAAGCGCAUCGGCUGCUCGACAGGCUAGGACCGAAGGUGGAGCUACCGUUGUACAACCAACCAUCGGAUACGAGCGUGUACCAGGAGAACCGUACGAGGCACCAGAAUUGCACGAGAGCCAGGCUGGUCGCGAGGCUUCGUCGGGAACAUGCCGAACGCGCGUCCCUCCAUCGACAACAGUCCCAGAUCUAUGCCAUCCUCGUGCAGGAGUGGCACCGCAAGGUGGAGCGACUCGAGGCCACGCAAAAGAGAAAGUCCAAGGAGAGUAAGAACCGUGAAUUCUUCGAGAAGGUAUUCCCCGAGCUAAGAAAGCAGAGGGAGGACAAAGAGCGCUUCAACAGGGUGGGUGCUCGAAUCAAGAGCGAAGCGGACCUCGAAGAGAUCAUGGACGGUUUACAGGAGCAGGAGGAAGAAAUGUCUUCAGAGUUAAAAAAUGCCAUUAAAAUUCGGCAGAUGGAGGACAAGAAGAUGCGCUCGUAUGCCGUUAUUCCACCACUGUUAUUGGACGCCAAGCAACGAAGGAUCGCUUUUCAAAAUAGAAAUGGACUUCUGCAGCCCGAGGAGCUCGAGGCUCUGCACAGCGAGCGCAAAUUAAUCAACGUGUGGAGUCCCAUGGAGCACGAGUUGUUCAAAGAGAAAUAUCUUCAGCAUCCGAAAAAUUUCGGGGCGAUAGCGCAGUCACUCGAACACAAGUCCGUGCCGGAUUGCGUGCAUCACUACUACCUCACAAAAAAAGCUGAAAACUAUAAGCAGCUUCUACGAAAGUCGCGGCAGCGAACGCGCAGCUCUCGAAACAAUCCUAACAAUAAGGUAAACAAUAGCAACUCCAAUAUUGGACCGAUAGACAUAUUGACGACGGGCGUCACGACAAGACUGCAGCGCGAGCAGCAACAGAAGACGCAGGAAAAUCCGCAGAACAACUCCACGGUAGGAAUUACCACAUCAGCGCCGGCGUCGACGCCAUCAACGACGGCAUCGACAACGACUACUGCCGCUAUCAGCACUGCUACGACGACGACAUCGACACCGUCUUUGUCGACGUCGUCGUCGUCCACAACGAGCACGUCCUCGAUGUCCGCAACGUCAACGUCCUCGACGACCACCUCCGCGGCCACGGUUACUGUCGCCGCUAGUGUCGCAACAGAAACGAUAGCAACGUCAACGACUACGACAACAUCCGUCCCUAGUAGUACCGUGCCAACGAGCGUAGUAACAAUAUCGUCGACCUCCUCCACAUCCUCGACGUCGUUGGCGUCCUGCACGAAGGAUGCGAGAGACGCUAACAAGGAGAACAAAGACAGUAAAGGGGAUUCGAAGGAAUCUGCGCUUCAGAAGGAUGUCAAGGAGGAGUCGCAAUCUAGUUCGGAAACGGCUUCGGGGAAGGACGCGAAACCGAUGCCAGACUGUAAAGGGACGUUAACGUCAUCAUCCAAUACUAGUACUGCAACGGCAGCGAGUGUUCCACUGGACACGAAAGAGAAAAAGAAAACGAGUGGGGUAACUUCGGGAGGUGUGACCAGUGGCAGAACGAAAGACAAAAAGAAAGAAAAUCAUGCAACUCCAAUGGAAACCAGUGAUGAGGAAGCUCAAUCCAUUGAAACUAUCGAGACCGGGAGACAGCUGGGUCCCCACGCGUGUGCGGUUUGCCAAAACGUGGUCGAAGGAGGAACGCAGAGCAGAGCGCUAUCUCGCAGUCAGGCCGGUCAGUACGGUCUCAGGGAGGAUCAGGUUGCACCCGGAGCACGUGUUUGCAACACCUGCAGAUGCAAAGCCGUUCGCGGUCGGUACACCGCCUGUCCCCUCCCUGGUUGUCCCAAUCUCAACAACGCCAACUCCAAGACCCGCGUCAAGCGACUCCGGGCUCUUCCACCGAAAUGGCUCGACCUACCUCCCGAAGUUCGGGAUCCCGUCGUACAAGCGUUUCAGAUACCCAGCAAUGCGACGAAGUGCUGCUCCGCAUGUUUCAAUCGGAUAUCGAGAAGGUUGGCACCUCAUCUAUCCGGUGGACCGGACGCUUCCGAAGAUACUACAGAUCCAUCGACGCGUCAGUGGUCGGACGAGGAGCUUGAACAGCUCAAGAGAGCGUUGCGAGAGCACGGUACCAAUUGGCCCAAAGUCUCGGAGCAGAUAUCUGGAAAGUCGAAUCAUCAGUGUAAAACUUAUUACCUUACGUACCGGAAGAAAUUAGGAUUGGAUCAAGUGGUCGCAGAGUACUAUCAGUCUCUCGGUGAAGAGCGAAGGCCGUGCCUUACCGACGAGGAGGAAAGCGGUAGCAGUACCAGUAGCUGUGACGAAUUGGCUGUGCACGACUCCAGCGAUACGGCCAGUGCGGGAAGUCCUGCAAACACCAUAUCGAGUAGUACACCGGUAGUUCCGGCUUCGUCGUCAACUUCGGUUUCUGCAGGAGCUUCUUUACCUUUCCAGCAAUCAUCGGAUCCAAAACUCGGCGAUAAACUCUCGGACAUCGCUGUUGUAUCGUUGGUGCCGUCCUCAUCGAACAUUGCUUCGUCCCAGCAAUCCUCCGCAGUCGGAGCACCAGCUGCUAACAGGGAAGAUUACGACAGUUCUGCCACGGAGACGGCGGACGAAGGUCAGGGAGGUACCGAUUUGGAUACGAGCAGCGUCGUGGUAACGCUAACUACUACUAGUAGCACGAGUACAAUAAUGCAGCAGCAACAACAGCAACAGCAGCAGCAGCAGCCUCAGCAACCUCCGCCAGUUGUCCAUUCCCCACCAUCGACUACUAGCAAUUCUAAUCCGCUUACCGUCAAGGAUCUCAUGCUGGGUGUAAUAGAGAUGCAGCUCAAACGUAACCCUAAUAGCCCAGCCAGUACCGGUCCCGUUCCCGUUAGUUCCGGUACAGCGACGAUAUCUAGCAUUCUCAAGACGGAUCAUCGCAACGACAUAACAUUUGUUCGCGAAUACAAGCCGUCUUCGAGUGUACCCACCGUUAUGUCCAACAGGGACUCGACUUUGGCGACGCUUUCCGUCGUAUCUGGACCUCAUCAUAGUCACCGCUCAGCCCCGAGUCCACAACAGCUUGGCCAAAUGCAAGCAACUAUCACACCCUGUCCACCUUCCGUGCCGAGUAGUCAAUCUCAGUCGUCGGAUCUACUACCGAAAGAGGGUUUGGUGGUAAUGCAAGUUCAGCAAGCUCUCCGGGAAACGGAGGGAACCCUCGACCUGAGCAUAAAGAAACCAAGACAACAGCAAGAGUACAAUCAUUCCCUCCAACCGCCGCACAAACCGCCGACGGUAACCCUCUACCGACCGGAACCACCACCGGGGGCUUAUUAUCAUCCUCAUGGGCAUCCGGACCAAGGACGCGGUUCCAAAAGUCCGCUCUACCCAUCCUUGCCAAGGCCUCAAGCUCCCCUUACACCGAAGAUGAACAAGGUAGCGGUGCCACCGGCACAUCCGAAACUAUCGCCCAAGCUUGCGAGCAUAGGUGCGGGUCACAAAAGUGGAUCGAUAACUCACGGAACCCCGGUAUCUGGAGCUCGUUAUGAGGGUCUUCUUCGGCAGAUGACCCCACCGGGCAAUGCCGGGAGUGGCGCGAGCACAACGACUAGCCAAUCGGGCCUGAAAGAGACCGGGGGGUCCAUUACCCAAGGUACACCCGUACAUCCGUUUGCCGUCGACAAGCGAGCGCCCAUCUACGAUUACCAUCGUUCCAUUAGACAUUCACCGGUAACAACCGGCAGUGUUCCGGGUCAAGGCCAGAACCAAGGAGUGGUGGUGUCUCACGGCAAUCAGUAUAACUCCUACCCGGCGCGUCCACCUCCUAGCUACACGAUGGAGCAGCAACUUUCCUCCAGGCAGAUCAUUAUGAACGAUUACAUAACGAGUCAGCAGAUGCACCCGAGGAGUAGGAGCUCGGCGAGUGGCGAAAACGCCGGAAAGAGCGAAACUCCUUCGACGCUCUACUACACGGGCACACCUCCGCCACCGCCACCGCCUCCUCAGUCGCAUACGCAGCCGCGUCAAGGCGUUAUACAGAGGCAUAACCCGCAGAAACAGAUUCACUAUCCCCCGCCGCCUCCUGGCUUGGAAGCGUUCUCCAGCUUGGUGGACGUGGCGGUGCAGCAACCGAGUCUUCCAGUGCCCCAUCCGCACGGGCAUCCGAUAGCGGCGUCGAGUAGCGGCAGUCACGAGGGCCUUGGAAAAACCAUGGCUGACAGGCUUCUCGCUGACCGCUAUGCGGAUAACAAUAGAGCCUUUCGCGAGCAGGAGAUGCGACUUCAAGAGCAUCGACUGGCCAUGCAGCAGGCAGAGCAUCGAAUGGCAGCCGUGCAUCAGCAGCACCAACAGCACCAGCAACAUCAGCAACAUCAACGAGAGAGGGAGGCGCAUAUGCGGGUAAAGGAGGAACACAGAAUACAGCGAGAGGAGUUGCAACAGUUGGAACACCGCAUGGUCGUGCAGCAACAUCACCAUCAACGCGAGAAGGAGAUUCAUCAACAGGAGCAUAGGUUGGCCCAACAGAGGGAAAAGGAGAUGCAUGCCGAGCACCGCCUGUCCGUCCAGCAGAGGGAAAAGGAGAUACAGCACACCGAGCAUAGAAUGGCCGUUCAUCAACAGCGGGAAAAAGAGAUUCAACAACAACUAGCCGCAGUUGCCCAGAGGGAAAAGGAACAUCAGGAACAUCGACUGGCGGUACAACAGAGGGAAAAGGAGAUCCAACAACAGCAGCAGGAACAUCGAUUGGCAGUUCAGCAGGAACGUGAGAAAGAGAUGCAACAGCAGCAUGCGGAACACCGACUUGCCGUGCAGCAACAGAGAGAAAGAGACUUUGUUCAUCUGCAUCAGCAUCAACAAAUUCAGCACCAUCUUCUGCAGCAGCAACGCAUGGAAGCUGAGAGACGUCAUAUCGCGCAGAUUUAUCGAGAUCAGCAGCAUCAACAGCUUCAAGACAGAGAAUCUUCGAGGUUACUGAGUAGCGGAUUUCCUCCUUCCUCUAGAAUACAACAGCAGCAACAGCAACAAUCGCAACAAGCUACCUCGAGGCAGAGUCAGUCUUCCUCUAAUCAACAGCAGAAUGACUCGUCCUCUACUCUCACAGCUGCCAGCCUGAUCGAUGCCAUAAUCACUCAUCAGAUCAAUCAGAGUGUCGAAAACGCCAGUGGAAGUCCCGCAUCUAAUAGUCAAACAAGCAGAGGAAGCGAUCGUCUUUUCCCGGGUUUCCACCGAGAAAGCCCAGCUGAACCUAAUGGCGUGGCACACAGUCCUGCGGGAGAUGGAAGCGGCGCCAAUAGCGGACCUGGUGGAGGUAGCGCCAGUGGAAACAAGGGUAUUACGCUCGGAGAACACAUCGAUCACCUAGUAACAAAGGAUUACGGGCCACCGCAUGCGUCUUACAGAUCCUACGCAGGGUACCACGAUGAUCAGUGGAAGAGACGGAAAGGAGCAGAGACGGAAUCCGCAAAGACCGGCGACGAAAGGCAAAUCAUUCGAGUGGCCCAACAACAGCAACAACAGCAGCAGCAGCAGUCCCAACAGCAGCAGCAGCAGCAGUCCCAACAGCAGCAGCAACAACAGUUUCACGCAGUAGAACCCGUGUCGCCGCCGGAAACAACGACGAAUCACUACGCGCGUCGCUUUUACGAAACUAGCACUGCCACCACGACUUCCAGCGUACCCUCCAACAAACCUCAUCUCUCGCCCUUGGAUUACGUAAAGAACAAGAUCGUCGAGGUAAUGAGGACAUCCGAGGACGACAAAGCGAGCAGCGGUAGCAGCGGCGGCGCUGGUAGCGGCGGAGGCGGCGGCGGCGGCGGAGGAAGCGGCGGUGGAGGCGGCACGGGCGAACGCAACGGGUCCGGCGGGGUUGGUGCAGUCGGCGAUAAGGAGGACAAGGGUGGCGCGACCGGGGGAAGCGGCGGUGGCAAUGUGGACAGUCCUUCCGGGGGCGACAUGGUCAUCGACGAGACUCCCAGUCAGGCCGUGCAGUCCUCUGCACCCGCGCCGGCUCCCACGCCGACGACCUUCUAUCCAUUCAGUGCACUAGGAGUGCACACUGGCCCGCCUCCGGCGCCGCCCCCUCCGACCUCGGGUUCCGUGACGGUGACCAAAACUGAGCAGCCACAGGCGGAACCUGCACCGCUGCUCUCCGCGCAGUACGAGCCCCUCUCCGACGAGGAUUGAUUACGGCGCGGCACCCGGCGGAACACCGGAUCGCCUUUCGCCGCCUAACCGCGGCCUCGUGGAGCUGAACUCGUCGCUUUGACGGGCCAAGGGCUCGUCUCGUCGGUCGACGUUGCCCCUCGGACGAGGUUCGCCUCGAGGGAACCGUGGGAAUUCGUGGAGAUCCGUAGCUACGCGGAGUCUUGUCUCGUCGACGAGGCAACGGGAUUCAGCCCGGUAGCCGAUCAUUCUUCGGCGCAGCGUCACGUGACCGACCACGACAUGGCGGUCGAUCCUAGCGCUCGAAGCGACGCAAUUUUUACGCGUUAGGCUGAACGGCCAUUUUUUUAUGCGAACACUUAUUUUAAUUUUAAUCGAGUCUGGGUCAUGCAACGGAGAAGGGGGAAGGGAGGUGGAACGAGAGAAAGGUGCCACCCGGCUAGGUUCAACGAUCAAUUUGCAAUUAUUCCGAAGAUUCUUGGUGCGAGGCCGCAACGGAUCAGUCCUUUUUCUGUUCUUAGAAAAUUUAGGAAGAGGAACGUGUUUCAGAACACGGCCCGUCCAUUGACUAAGACCGGGUUCAGGAGAUUCUCUUAACGAGAGACGCGACGACGCAAAUUUGGCGUUCUACUGCCGGUUGGACUUGAUGUAGUUUCUUUUUUAAACAAUUUUAGGCUGCCCCUCUCGUUGAGAGACGCCGUAGCAGCAAUUGGUAGUUUUCAUCCAGUUUAUGAUCUUCGGGCGGCCUGACAUCGAAUCCGCCCUGGUACUUGCUUUGGUUUUCCGCGCAAAUGAUUUAGGAAUGUUUUAGGAAUUCGACCCUGUCGGUUAGGGUGGCUGGACAUCUCGUCUAUUCGAGAGUUGUUCUCGAAGUCAGGGAUGCUUCUUAGCUGCAUCGUGAUCUCUUUCGAUACUCCCGACGGAGAUCUCGAAGGUCGCGGAGAUUUAUUCGGACGAAUACGAGGCCGUGGUACGCCUUUGGUGUGAUUGGUGUGAAGCUUGAUUCAGCUUAGGUGGUCGAGACUUCGAACGUUUCGUUAAUUUUAGUUUCUUUAUUUCCAAUGUACCGACUAACUUUGUCAUGAAGUAGUUGUUAUUCCGUGGUUCGUAAUGCAGGGAACAUCGCGUUCUACGGCUAUUCGAGCGCAACUGCAAGAGAACGCCUUUUACAGCAAAGAUCUCGUCAUACUCGUGCCGCACCCACGAUUCUUUAUUCUAACGCGUAGCUUUGAAACCACACUAUAUUACGUGUGCUAUAUUUGUAGUGACGCUUCACCUAAGUGUGGUAAAUUUGACAAUGCUAUAUGGUUUUGAACUUUUCACGGAACGCGCAAUCGAGCCUGCCGCACGAGUACAAGCGUUUUCACCGUAAACUCCACUCUGGACGUAAUUACGCGACAACCAGGCAUAAAAGAAAAAUUGAUUGACGAAAUGUUCCGAACUCAAGCCCCUUCUACCGUUUAUCCUGACGGUGUUACAACUAGCGCGCGAUUCGAUGUGCGUGCUCGAACCGUCCGGGAUAUUAAACGACGCGGACGGUUCUUUUUUUUUUUGUAAAUAUGGAACGAUUAGAUUCGUGAAAUGAUAAAUGUCGCGUUGAUGAGUGUGUACGUUUUUAUUUCGAAUGAGUCCGCCAGGUGUAUGGGAUUAAGGCCGGCUAAUCGACGAUACCAAUGCGCGGUAUAUUUACGGACCCAGCUCGCGAGCUGAGGGAACGAGAGACGAAAAAAGAGACGCGCAACGCGAUGGAAUACGGCAGUUGAAUGUGUAAAUAGAUAUAUAUUUAGUUAUACAUAAAAAUUUGCGGACGAUGCACGCUCGUAUGUGCGUGCGACUGGAGGCGGGUAGACGCGACUAGACGCACGUUGGACGCACGCGGCGGGAGACCCGGGCGCGUAAGUGGUGUAAUUUAGGCCCCGGUCGCCCCGUCCUCUGCGGAGAUCGUUUUGGUCGCAUCGUCAUUUCUUUUCUUCUUUUUGGUAAAGUGGUUUAAACUGAAAGCAGUGUAACUUUAAGUGUUGUACAUAGUACAUAAUACUAGCCGGUAAGGUGAGCAAGUAAUUAUACGAAUACUAGUUUAUCGCGUAUCGAUUAAGGAUACAUAGGACUAGAUUAAGUCUAGAAGGUAGCGCUUAGAUAUUAGAAACCACGAACUGACUAGGGAACUUCUCCCAGGACUACGUUCUCUUAUUAAAUGAAUGAAAACAACCGAUUAAAGAUGAUUGAAUUAUUAAUGAACGAAUGGAUGUGGAUUUUAUUUAAUUUAAUGCUGCAGAAUCACACGGAAUCACACACACGGGCGGUCGUACUCUCGCGACACACCCCCAUAUACGGACACACGUGAAACACGCGCGACACACCUACGUUCAUUUAGCGCUGCGCUCGCAUGCGCCUGGCGACACGUACUACAUACGACUUUUUUAUACAGCCUAAUUUUAUAUUUGUACGCGGCACGGUUGUCAACGCGUGGACUGCCGCGCGGCUUAGGCCGUGAUCCACGCGACUCUUAGAAAUUCCAGAAACUCGGAUGCAAAUCUGCCUCGAGGUCGCGCUUCGUUGUAACUCUCGAAACUCGCGAAACCUUUCGUUUCUUGUUAACCCGAACGCCGAAUACAUAUUGGAAAAUAUCGACGAGUCCCGAAAUCUCGAAAUGCCGUUACGGAAGGUACCUGUGCCUUUUCGCAAUCUUUUAUGGCCGUUUUAUUAAAUGUUUUCCUAUAGUUUUCGCUGCAA